CAAAUGCUUGGCUUUGUGAUGAGCGCAUAGUGUGCGUCCUUCCCAGCCUGUGCGCGACAAGAAAAAAGGUUUACUGUUAACGGGAAAGUAAACACGAAUAUGGAGAACGAAGACCAUUUCAAUCCCAAAGCUUUUCACCUGUAACUCAAAUUACAAAACUUUCUUGUCCAUUUGGGAGAGAGAAGUGCGUACAUCUGACAAGUGAGACGGUCAACAGAAGAAAGUAACUAGACUGUUUUUACUACUGCGAUAUUCGCCCAGAUCAACAUUCCAUUCACUUUCUUUUUUCGGUUACUAUCAACAUAUUUGGGGGUUUAUAACCCUCAGCAUCAAAGCUAAACCUCAGAAGAUGGUUUUGUUGUGAAACGAUCACACAAGGUUAGGCUACUGGGAAUAUCUCUAUUUAUUCUUCAAAUAUAAUAUUUAUUAUUUUAGCUAUUACUAUUUGGAUUAUUACUCUUUCAACACAAAAUAUCCGAUCUAAAGAUGGACUCGUUUUUGAACACCACGGAUAACUACCUUUCCAUUAACGCCACUAACGGCUCCGGUUUGAACGACACAGAGGGAUAUAACCAGUUCGUGCAGCCGAUCUGGCAGAUCGCUCUCUGGGCCAUCGCCUACUGCAGCAUGGUGUGCGUCUCGGUGAUCGGUAACCUGGUGGUCAUCUGGAUCAUCCUCGCGCACAAACGCAUGAGGACCGUGACCAACUACUUCCUGGUGAACCUAGCCUUUGCAGAGGCAUCUAUGUCUGCCUUCAACACAGUGAUAAACUUUGCAUACAGCAUCCAUAACGAGUGGUACUUUGGUUUGGGCUACUGUCGGUUCCAUAACUUCUUCCCCAUUGCAGCAGUCUUCACCAGCAUAUACUCCAUGACCGCCAUAGCACUGGAAAGGUACAUGGCUAUCAUCCACCCCCUGAGGCAGAGGUUGUCUUCAGCAGAGACCCGUGUAGUGAUCGGAGGGAUCUGGGUGUUAGCUCUACUAUUGGCCUUCCCCCAGUACUACUACUCAGCUACUGACCAGCUGCCUGGUAGGACUGUUUGUUACAUCCAAUGGCCUGAAUACACCAAUGACACAACCAUGGACUUCAAAAAGAUGUACUCUGUGUCUGUGGUGUUGCUGUACUACUUCCUGCCGCUGUGCAUUAUGGGAUGUGCCUACCUGGUGGUGGGCUCGUCCCUGUGGGCGGGGACUAUCCCUGGAGACUCCACCCACCGCUACCGAGAGCAGCUAAUCGCCAAACGCAAGGUCGUGAAGAUGAUGAUCGUGGUGGUGUGUACGUUUGCAGUGUGCUGGCUGCCUUACCACAUCUACUUCCUGCUCCAGCAGUUCCACCCUGACCCCAUGCAGCUGUUUGAGUGGCGCUACAUCCAGCAGGUCUACCUGGCUGUCCUGUGGUUGGCCAUGAGCUCCACCAUGUACAACCCUAUCAUCUACUGCUGUCUCAAUGACAGAUUCAGGGCAGGCUUUCAGCAGGUGUUCUGUUGGUGUCCGUGUGUUCCUGCCGCCUCCUACGAGGGACUGGAACUCAAGUCCACCCGCUACCUACAGACCCAGAUGAGUGUGUACCGGGCCAGCCGGAUGGAGACCAGUAUGUCAACAGUUCUGCAGCCCACUGAGGAGGAGCGCUGUGGGGCAGAGCAGCCAGCCAGCCCCCCUAUCAUCCAGACAACCAUGGAGCUCACCUCCACCUCCAACGGCUCAGCCUCACGAUCAGCCCUCAACCCCCCCGACAGCCCUGCUUACUACGGCAGACAUAACAUGGACUAGUGGCCUAACAAACGCCUAACUGAAUUAGUCGUGGUUUAAUGUCACUUAACCCAGAACUAAAAUGUUACGUCAUUUGGUCAGCUGCUCGAUUAGGUUCUAGUGGGAAGUGUGUUAGAAAUGGAGAUUUCCGUUUUGUCUCCACUCUCACAAAAGGAAAAUCUCAGUCAAUCCCUCCCACCCCCUUCUGAUAUUUUCACCGGUGGUUAUCAUCCGCCGAAGUAAAGCAGUUUAAGCACCGCCUUCACCCAAUCCUGAUAUGUCCAAAUAAACAGUGAUGAAAACCCAAACCCCAGAACUAUUGCUGCUCGUAUCCCAUAUUAUGCCGACAGGUGUACUGUACCAGUUAUGUUUACUGUAGGUACUGUCCACGGGAGAUUAUACGUGGUUUAGUGCACUAUAGCCUGGGCUAGUGCUCUAUUCUCACACAUUCUAAUGCCGACACAUCGGCUAGGGCUGCCUCAAUUCGUUGGGGGAUGGACUCUACAAGGUGUCGAAAACAUUCCACAGGGAUGCUGGCCCAUGUUGACUCCAAUGCUUCCCUUGCUUUUUUUGUGAGUGUUUUUGUGUGAAAGUCAGGCAGUGUGUUAAUUUCUUCAUACAAGUGUGUGUGUGUGUGUGUGUGUGUGUGUGUGUGUGUGUGUGUGUGUGUGUGUGUGUGUGUGUGUGUGUGUGUGUGUGUGUGUGUGUGUGUGUGUGUGUGUGUGUGUGUGUGUGUGUGUGUGUGUGUGUGUGUGUGUGUGUGUGUGUGUGUUUUUCCGGGAGGUGAUGUGUGUUGGUUCAGCACCUGUUGUCAGGGAUUACUGCUCAGAGACGACAAUUUGAGGAGCAGUACUCUGUCUGCCUGGUCAGAACAAAGGUCAGAUAUAUAUAGACAGGAGAGGAAAGAGGGGGACACAAAUAGAGUCUAGAAGAGGGGGGAGGAGAGUAGAGGAAGAAAGGAGGGAAAACAGUGAGACGGGUCAGUUGAAAGAGAGGAGGGAUCAGAGUGAGAGGGGUCAGUAGGAAGAGAGGAGGGAUCAGAGUGAGAGGGGUCAGUAGAAAGAGAGGAGGGAUCAGAGUGAGAGGGGUCAGUAGAAAGAGAGGAGGGAUCAGAGUGAGAGUGGUCAUUCAAAAGAGAAGAGGGAUCAGUGAGAGGGGUCAGUUGAAACAGAGGAGGGAUCAGUGUGAUAGUGGUAAGUAGGAAGAGAGGAGGGAUCUGUGUGAGUGGUCAUUCAAAAGAGAGGUGGAAUCAGAGUGAGAGUGGUCAUUCAAAAGAGAGAAGGGAUCAGAGUGAGAGUGGUCAUUCAAAAGAGAGAAGGGAUCAGAGUGAGAGUGGUCAUUCAAAAGAGAGAAGGGAUCAGAGUGAGAGUGGUCAGUAGGAAGAGAGGAGGGAUCAGACUGAGAGGGGUCAGUGAGAAAAGAGAGGAGGGAUCAGAGUGAGAGUGGUCAGUAGGAAGAGAGGAGGAAUCAGAGUGAGAGUGGUCAGUAGGAAGA